GCAUGCCCCGAUUCCAAUCUCUGGUGCCGCUGCUGCGGCCAUUGGCUGCCCCAAGAGCAGUCGCAUGCCGACAGCACUUCCGCCUCUACACGGCCUCUUCCGAACACCCAUCCACGCCCCAGGAAGCCCAGCGAGCCGCCGACCUUGCUGCCGCAGAGUCUCUGACCGAAGGCGACAGCGCGCAGCCGCCCCAACAGAAGCCCGUACUGCCCUCCAAGCAUCCACGAGCCGACAACAAGCCAAGAAACAGCAAGAAGCCAAAGACAUCGUCACAAGCACUGAAACUGUCUCUGCCACCGCCCAAGUACGCAGUCUCGAGAUCAGUCAACAAGAAUCUGCCCAUCUACACCGACUACAAGCGAGGAGGCAACUUGCACUUGACCAUGGUACGCAAGAUCACAGGAGACGUAUCAGCGCUGAGGGAUGAGCUGAGAGUCUUCUUGAACAAGAAGAACGAGGACGUCAAGAUCAACAGCGUAACACAACAUGUUGUUGUCAAGGGCCAUCAUACUAGCGAGAUUGCAGAAUUCUUGAAAGCCCGGGGCAUGUAAACUCCCCAGGGAGAGAGAUGUUUCACGGAAGAAAAUGGGGCGCAGAACAGAGCAUGGAAACGAGCGCAUCUCUGCUGUAGCAAAACUUGUAUCAUAUGGGAAAGAGUGCAGACGAUUAACCUUGGAUACCAUCAGGCGUCAAGAAGCGACGAAUGGGCAUAUUGUACACCACCAUGACGGGUAGCAUUGACUUCAUAAAGUAAUCACCCGAAUUUCAUUACUAUUAUAAGAAGCUUUAAUCUGUACCUCCACAUUACUGGUACAAGGCCUCCAGAUUCCCCAGACACUUUGUCCUACGUAACUGCAUUUCUGAGCUUUCAUCAGCUCUCGUUCCGCUGAUAGUCGUACUUGAACACUUCUUAGAAUGG